CACCUUUGUUUUCGUGUGAAGAUGUUGUGAUAUUGUUCCCCUAACCAAACUGUGACGGGGCCCGCAAGAGAAAUUAAAUGUAGCAGGAGGAGGAAGUGAAGAGCAGGUGCAAUGUGUCCCGCGAGGUUCGACAAAUGUGAUGUUUACGUCGCGGCUUGCUCCAUUAUGUCGCGGUUUGAGAGGGACACGCGUCUCUGCGAUACGAGUCCUCUGGUUGCUAGUGACGACCGUCGGACAGGAGCGGGUAGAGAAUUACCUGACAUUUCCCCCACAAUGGCAUCCUGCUCAUCUGUUGGAGAUAAUCAGCUGCAGAGGAUAAUCAGAGAUCUGCAUGAUGCUGUGUCGCAGUUAAGUAAAGAACACAGGGAGUGCGGUGAACCCAUAACUGAUGACAGCGCCAACCUGCACAAGUUCUUCUAUAAACUAGAAUAUCUGCUACAGUUUGACCAGAAAGAGAAGACAACCUUUCUUGGCCAGAGGAAAGACUACUGGGAUUAUUUCUGCAACUGCCUGAUUAAGAUCAAGGGAGCUAAUGAUGGCAUCCGUUUUGUUAAGUCUAUCCCUGAGUUGAAGACGUCGCUGGGGAAAGGACGGGCCUUCAUCCGCUACUCACUCGUUCACCAACGUCUCGCAGACACGCUGCAGCAGUGUCUUAUUAACCAGAAGGUCACAAGUGACUGGUACUAUGCCAGGAGUCCAUUCCUCAAGUGUCACCUUACUGCUGACAUAAUCAACCAUCUUUAUGAGCUCAACCAGAUCCAAUUUGACGUGGCGGCCAGAGGUUACGACCUUGAUGCGGAUUGGCCAGCCUUCGCAAGGCGAACAUUAGGCACAGCCUCACCCUUCCUGUGGAAGCCUCCUAGUCGCUGCUCCAGCAUCAACAGUUUGGUUAGCAGCUAUUCACAAUCACAGGCACAGGACUUUCUUCCAGCCCAAGACCUGAGUCACAGUCUCCUUGGUGAACUGGGAGAACUGGGGGAACCCUCUCCUUGCAGCAUUGCCGAGAAUCUCCGCUUUGAGCUAGACCAGUCCGAGCUCAGAAAGCAGGCGCUUCUGGUGCAGGUUCAGGAGUUGAGCAGAGAAGCUGCUGAGCUCAAAGAUGUGGUUGAAGACCUCCAAGGAGAGCUGGGGGCUCAGAAGUUGACUGGCCACUUGGUAUCAGGUGAAGCCCAGAGUCAACAAGAAGUUGGUAAUCAGGAGAGAACAAAUCACCUCCACACCUGUAGGGAAGCAAUAAAAAGUGAACACAAAGACAGACUUGCAGCUGCUGAGAACAAAAACAUGGAGCUUCUCUCUAAAUUGGAUGAAGCACUCAAAGAAAAGGGCCAACAAACAGCAAGCUACUGUGACUCAGCCUGGAAAAUCCAGGAACUCCAGGAUAAGCUCAAGAGAACAGAGGAGGAAAGGCUGGAAGCAAAGAGGGAGGCUGAAGACAGGGCCAGGCACUGUGAGCGUCUAGCACAGGAACUCAAACUCAGGGAGGAAGAGUUGAGAAGCAGGGAGGAGAAGCUAGCUGAAGUGAAAGCUGGAGCCCAUGAUGAACAAGAGGAGGCACUCAGGCGGUUGGAGGAGCUCCAAGGGGUUGUCGGUCGAAUUCAAGGGGCUUUGAGUUUGAAAGAGAAGGAGACGGGGAACUUGAGAGCUCAGCUUCAGGAUCUACAAGCAUCACUGGAGUGCAGAGAGCGACAUGCAGAGGACCUAAGGAAAAGGCUGCAGGAAGAGAGGGAAGAGGAAGAGCAGAGGUGUAGUAGCCAGAAUGAGGAACUCGAGAACUUGAUCCUGGAUUUAAGAAAAACUAUAAAAAACAGAGAGAAAGAGUUUGCUGUUAGUUCAGAGCGAAUAAACCACUUAGAAGAGCAGGUGGAAAAGUUAAAUGUAGAGAAAGAAAGUCUGAGCUCUAGACUUACUGAUAAUGAAGUCUCCUUUGACCAAACGGAGGACAUUGAUGACUACAAAACUAAAUGCAGCAAUAUCAUGGAAAUGAACACUAAGCUUCUUCAAACAGUAAAGCAGAGUGAGGAUAAUGUUAAAGAGCUAACAGAGAGCAGGACAGCCCUGUUAGAUCAGCUAGCUUCUUUGAGGGCUUCAGAGAGGCACUUGAAAGGUAGAUUAGAGGCUGCAAACAUGUGUGUGGAGGCGCGGGAGAAGAAGCUUCUAGAUGAAAACCUGCAUUUUGAAGUGACUGUUCAGAAGGCACUUGUCCAUAAGGAAGCAUCGGACACUCAAUUAAAGAAGCUAGAGCACGAGAACAGGGACCUUCUUGAGGUUCAGUCAUUGUCGAGGAAACAGUUAGCAAGAACUCAGAAGGAGUUGGACUCUCUCACCACCAAAGCAGCAAAGUUGGACAAGAACCUCACGGUGUCCCAAAGAAGUCAAUCAGAGUUACUUGAAAAACUACAGGAAACUGAGGCAAAGCUAAGAGACCAGAUUGUUCAAUGUGGGCUUCUGCAGGCUCGAGCAGACGAACUGGAGAGCGGGACCGGAGAGCUGCAUGAUGAAAAAGGAGCUGCAGAGAGUAAUGAGAAAAUGCAGAAGCUUCGUGAUGAGCAGAGUUCCUCAAUGGAAGCCAAACAGGGCCCGUUCAGGCUGGUGAUAGCUGAAGCUCAACUGGAGCUCAACCUGAGGGAGGUGCACCGGCUCCGGGACGAGGUGGUGGAGCUCAGGGCUCAGCUUCUAGCAGGAACCGAGGAGAGAAUAAAAGUCCAGGCCUUGCAGGAGGUGACGGAGGCCUCCAGAGAGGACCUCCGUGUUUUAGCAGAACAACUGAAGGCCCAGGUGGAGGAGCUAAACCGCCGGCACGUGGACGAGAUUCUUCGUUCUCGGGAGCGAGAGGAGGCUCUUCUCCGCGAGCGAGACGGUGAGGCUCAGGCUCGAGCAGGUCUGGCUGCAGAUGUGACUGCUUCCAGAGAGGAACUGAAUAGACUGAAGCUGCGAUAUGAUGCCUCGUGUCUGGAGAACAGUGAAUCCAGGGAGGCGCUCCAUAGAGCCAACACUGAAACUGCUGAGCUCGGUGUGCAUGUUUGUAUGCUAACCGCUGAGAAUGAGGAGGCCCGCCUGCGCUGGGAAGGCCUGUCAAUGAGGCUGCAGGAGCUGGAGGACGAGGAAUCUCAGGAAGCUGAGAGGCUGAAAAGCUGCAUAGAGGAGUUACGGCAAAAGAACCAGCAACUCCUCAAUCAGCUCAAUAGUGAAGAGGAUCAUUUGGCAACCAAGCAGGAGCUGCAGAAGCUACGCAAGGCCCAACGGGAGGCUGAAUCUCUGCAGGAGACGAACGGGGAGGAGAUCCAGGCUCUGCGCUUCCAGCUCAGUAGCCAAGCCAUCAGCUAUGGAAGCCAGCUCCAGAGCAUGAACCAAGAGUUACAGGAAGUGAAAUUACAGCUGACGACUGAGCAGGAGAAAUUGGUUAAUUUGGAGAACCAACUACAAGAGCUAAAGGCUGAGAAUCGGAGAUAUUGCCAACAGAUUGAGGAGAAAAACAUCCAGAUGGCCGCGUCUGAAAAUCUCAUCCAGCAUAAAGACGACGAGAUAAUCCAUCUGAAAGGGAAUUUAUCAAGGUCUGAGCUCGGUCUCGAAGCAGCUCAGCGGGCCUGUCAAGAGAUGAGUGAAAAUCUACAGAGAGUCACACAGGACAAACAGAGCUUUGAUCUUAGGACGGCUGCUGAACUCGAUGACCUCUACCGCACCAAAAUCAAUUUAGAGGAAAGACUGAUAGAACUCAUCAGGGAGAAAGAUGCACUUUGGCAGAAGUCGGAUGCCUUGGAGUUUGAGCAGAAACUGCGGGAUGAGGAGACAGAGAAGGACGUGAACCAUUGUCUGGGAUGUCACAGUCAGUUCAGCUGGUGGCUCCGCAAAUACAACUGCAGACUGUGUGGGCGUCCCUUCUGCUACUACUGCUGCAGCAACACAGUGAGCACCCAACAGGGCGGCAGCAGAGAGCGCUGCUGCAGGGACUGUUAUAACCAGCACAGUGCAGUGGUGGAGCGCCACCCACAGGAGGAAGUGACUCACAGCACGCCGGGGACUCCGUUCAGCCGCUUGCUGCAGGCUGGGAGAGUUGUGACCACUGUGUCAGGAGUGGAUGAGGAUGACAAACAGGAAGAUGGCGUUUUCGACAUCAUCACUGAAGAAGAAGUGAGCGGCGUCAGUGACUCCCUCUCUUUUGUCACUGCCUGUUCUCCUGUACAUGGACAGCAGGGGGCAGCACAGCUAAGCAGCAGUGCCAGUGCAGGAGACAUCACAUCAGAGGAUACUGAGGACCUCGGUGCUUCUGUACAGGAUUCAGAGAUUUGCCUCCUGAAGUCGGGAGAACUCACUCUCUCUGUCCACUUCACGAUCGAUGAUAUCUCAGCGUUUGGGGAUAGCUCCCAAGAGCUUUUCAUUAAAUCCAGCUGUUACAGCACCAUCCCCAUCACCAUGAGCAGCCCCGGUCCCACUGUUACCUGGACGUUCACCUCUGAGCCCAAGAGCAUCGCCUUCAGCGUGGUCUACAGGGAGAGCACGGAGACACCGCUGGAGCAGGCCAAGGUUUUGAUCCCACUGACUCGCUGUAACUCCCACAAAGAGACAAUCCAGGGGGAGCUGAAAGUCAGGAACCCCGGAGAAUACACGCUCAUCUUUGACAACUCCUUCUCCAGGUUCAUCUCAAAGAAAGUUCUGUAUCACCUGAGUCUCGACAGGCCCGUGGUCUACGAUGGAUCCGACCUCCUCUGAGCGGGACAGGAAGGAGCAUGAACAGGUGUAAAACUGACUUUUGAAAACGUUUAUUCAGGGUGUUUUAAGUCAUGCGCAUGAUUUUCGAGGGAACUCGGUCAGAGUCACUGAAAGUGAACUGAACUGGCUUUGGCAUUUGUUUGAAACGUCUCUCUCUCAGCUUGCUGCUUGCUGGUCAAUUCUGAUAAAGAGAAAGUCAAACAAAGGAUAAAAUCAAUGGAGUAAAACAAUGUGGUACUAGUGAAUGUGAGCAUGCACUGCCUUUUAUAAAAAUGCUUGACGUUGCUGUUUAAAUGUGGCAUUAAGGGCAUCGAAAUUCACUCGAUAAAUAAAGGUUUGUGGCUUAUUUGAAUGUGAUGAAGACGCAUAUAUAUCAAAAGUUUGUGAACAGCUACAGAUGAAGGUCAUGUGGCAGCGUUUUGCUGCAUCCUUGAUGAAAGUAAAGCUGCAGUUUUUUGCUUCAACUUGAGGUCAAUUUGUUUGAUAAAUUAAGUUUUGUGACCGUUGUUUAAAUAUGAAUAUUGUUCCUUUUGCACACUGACUAAUCAGUAUUCCUGCAAAAUCAAUACAUUUAAAGAAAAAUAACUGGACAGGAAUUUUUGUUUUUGACUUAUCCUGAGAAUUAGUCAAAUCAAGAUAUUUUAUCACCAUGAUGCUAAAAUUCAAUAUGAAAUUUCCAUACAGCUAUAAGUUAAUACUGCUCAAUGAUUGGCACUGUGGUUUAAGGCAGAGUUAUGAACCACGGUAUAAACAAAUAUAUAUUGUGCAUGAGGCAUGACUGCAAACAGAGUUGAUUGAUGUUUGUAGCCCAUAUACCCCCUUCCUCUGUAGAUUGGGCCCUGAGUUCUGAGUAAUCUUGAUGAACUGUACAGGCCAGGGUUCCUCUUAUUUACUUUAUAUAGCCUGAGUCGCUAGAGCCCUACUAAAUGCAAUACAGCAAAUAAUGCACACUAACCCUUUACUCCAGUAUGCAAGCACCUCCAGCACAGUCAGGUGAAUGUAGGGUUUAACUCUUGAAUAAUAGAUUCACCCAGAAACAGUGUUAAGAUUAAAAUAAGUAAUUCCUUAUUUUAGUUACUAACCAAAAAAUAAAUCAAAAACACUAAAAUGCUGAAAACUUCAAUCUUAUUGAUGUUGUCUACUUUUGUUCCUCCAGCAAAUGUUCAAUUCACAUCCCACUUUUAGAAAACCAUAAGCACUGUUUAUGUAAAGAUAUAUUGAGUUUGAGGUUUUCUUUACUGACGAUAGAGCCAAUGCCAAUAUUGGGAUGUAAAAGUUUUCAGAUAGAUAGAUUUAUGAAGCUUUUUAUUUUACAGUUUAGCCACAGACUUUAUUAUGAAUAACUAUAAAUUAAAAUGAAAACACAAACACAACCAAAUAUAUGUAGAACUUGAUUUAAGAAAAUAAACAUAUGUCAACGGUAGUAAAGUUUGUUUUAGAUGCUUAAAUCAGUAAGUAGAGAAAAUCACUGCUUAACUAAAUAUAUUCUACUCUCUUAAAUGUACGAUUGAACAAACCAUUUCAAGUGACUGACUCUUGUGAGGGUUAUUGGAGAAAACCGGUCUUCACACUAUUUGUGUUAAAAAUGUGCACAGUAAUCUGUUCACACUCAUUUCACAUGUUUUCAUGAUUGUUGCCUUUUCAGCUGUCAGUGUGAUUUGUUUUUCUUGCUUUGGAAUCAUGAUGGCUGGAAGAACCAGCACAUGAUUUGGUUUUAAUUGUUUUCACUAAGCAGGUUUUAAAUCAGUGAAGGAUUUCUGACAAUUGCAGAUGAAGAAAUAGAAGGAAGUGGCUUCUAUGCAUGUGAACACUAAGAAUGUGCACACGUGUCCCCAACGUAACCCUCAAAGGGUUUGAAAGAGGCAGCACAUAUCAUAUCACAUAUUUCAGUGCUUUCAUUAUUUAGUUUUUACUUUAAGCUCAAUAUGAAUCAUCAACAAUGCUUUGACAGAGAGUGACGAUUCUGCAUUCCGCUUUGGGAGGAUGUGAUCAUUUCAUGAGAUUCAUAAAGCCCGUAGGUCACUAAUCAAUGUCUGUUACAAUAUUUAGUUUUAUAUACAGGAUGGGAAGAGAUGUUUGACUCUUGGUGUAGUUUUACUGUUGCUGUGUAAUGUUCUGGAUACGCUCUGCAGUGUCAGACAGAAGGAUUUUAAACCUCAGCAUACAGUCUUCAAAUAAUACAAAUCCAAAAAUCGGUUUUAUACUUGGAAGUUGUCCAAUGUGGACUUAUUUGAAGAGUUAAAUGUUGAAAUUCACCUUUUUUCCAAUCAGUAAUCCUCUUUUGAGUGUCUUAGAACUGUUCAUUUGAUUUAUACUGAAUAUAAUUUCCAAAGUGUCUUCCAACAUUUAAAAAAACAUUUUAUAACUUAUAUUUUGAACAUGACUGACAUGAGGGAGAAUCUAAGAAAUACAAUUUUUAUACAUAUAUCGAAGUAAGAAGAGUGUUACGUUGCCAAAUAUAUGGGGAAAACACUCUGUCUAUUAUUGUUCUUAAAAGGGAGUUUCUGUUUUGAAGACAUUUCGACGUGACUGCCGUAUAAUGCACUUUUGAAAGGGCUUUGUGUCGGUCAGCAUCUAAUGAGCCUCCGUGCCAGUUGAUGAAUGGUUUUCUUUUCCUUUGUACUGUACGUAGAGAGUGUGUGUGUGAGUGUGUGUGACUGUAGUAGAUGUUUAUAGCUGGAGGGGAAGCAGCAGAGGGAAGCUGUGACUCUCUGACUUAACCUGUAAAUGAUUGUUGACAAAAGUUUUUAUUGAAAGGUCAUUUACAUACUAAAGAUUUAUAAUAGAAUGGAUUCGAUUAUGGAUAAAUAAAUAAGGAUUGUGUGAAA